CCUGUACAGCUGAGGCCCCAGAGCGCUUCCUUUAUUUUUAACAAUCUACUAGUAGUUAGAUGUGGUUUUCAUAGUAGAACUGUAACUGUUAAAAGUGAUUUAUGCAAAUUAAAAAACUGAAAUAAUAUCAUGAUGUCUCGAUCAGUGAGAGCAGAAACUAGAAGUAGGGCUAAAGAUGAUAUUAAACGAGUUAUGCAAGUUGUUGACAAAGUUCGCCAUUGGGAAAAAAAAUGGGUUACAAUAGGUGAAACUACUAUGAAAAUUUAUAAGUGGGUUCCUAUAUCAACAUCAGAGCAAAAAAAAAAAACUAAAAUUACAAUAGAAAAAGAAAAUGGCUUAGUAAGAAAAACUGAUUUGAGCUCAACAAAUACAAGUUUUGGAUUAACAGAAGAUUCAAAUACAUGUUUUUCUACUGUGAGUGAUUCUCAAGGGUUAACAGAUUUUUCAGCUCAGUUAGGAUUUUCUGAAGACUCUAAUUCGCAAAAUAGUGAGCCAAUGCCGAAGAGGCUAAAGACUGAUUGAAACUAUCUCAAUGAAUUGUAAACAUUUUAUGACUUGAUAAGUGCUUAACUAAUGAAUGAAUUUUUAUUUGCUGUAUGGUGUGCAUGCUAUGUAAUUGUAAAUGUAGAAUUGGAGAAGUUUGAUGAUAUUCAAACAUCUAUAUUUAGUGAGAAGUUUGAGAGCGUUGUGACAUGAAUUGUCUUCAGAGACGAUUGAUUAUAAUUAAGUUUUAACAUUUAAAAGUGCAGUUUAAUGUACAUUGAACAUCACCUUAACUUUAAUUUAUGAUUUAUUUCAAAUUCUUUAAAAAUUGACUUUAAAUUAGAUAAUGUGAAUGGAAAAUAUGUAUAUUUUUAAAUUAAAAAAUAUUGAUUUAUCAAUGUAAUGUAUACAAAAGUCGGAUACCUUUUUAUAUCUUUGAGAACACAUAUUACAAAGAUAGUACAAUUUAGGUACAAUGAAAUUGUAUAUACUUUAGACAAUAGGCGGAUAAUAGCAUUUAUGAGUUUUUACUAGAAGAUAUAUUAACAAGUGAAACAUCAUCAUUCACUUAAACAUGAACAAGAUCAUGA